AGGAAAAUAAAUCGGUAAAUUACAAAGAAAACACGUUAAAUAUAACGGCAUAGUUUGAAGGCGGGCGCUUGAUUUGACGUCUCCUCCGAGUCUCCGCCCCUUUAUCUUGACGUUGGUGUCAUGGCGGAUUUCAGUGAGUUUGUGAAUCUGCGGCGGCGAUUUAUCAGCAUACAAGAACAACAACAACAAGAGGACGAGCAGAGCGUGUGCUCUGAGGAGUCUGUGGAUGUGAAGUCUUCGGCUGGUAUCAAUCGUCACUCAGUCUUCUGGAUCGUGGCGUCUCUCAGUGUUUCCUACUAUGUGGAUUUCUUCAGAGUUGUGCUGAACAGCAGUGACAUUCACGGUUGGUGGUUUGCUGUUGGACUGCUGUUGCUGGGACUGUGUCUGAGUCUGGCAGCGUUCUGUAUCGUGUAUCUCGAGUGGUUUAAAGGCAUCAAGAACUAUGAGCAGGAAUAUCCAGCUGUACCAGCGGUCACGACUGCGGCCUUCAUCGCUGCGUCCUGCAGUUUAAAUGUGGCCCUGUGGCCGGUCUGGUCUUUCUUCACUCCCGUCAUUCUCUUCACUCAGUUCAUGGGAGUUGUGAUGCUGAUAUCACUGCUGGGCUGAGACACGGGAACGUCACUGUGUUUUAAGAAGCUGAAGGUGGAUAUCAGAUGAUCUGUGACGGCCGUGACCUCUGCCUGACCUCUGACCUCUGUUCAAGAAGCGAUUUCAUGACCAACAAGAGACUGAAUAUUCUGACCUCUCACAUCAGCGUCUGAUAAGAGGCGUUUGACUUUUAAUGUUAACACCAUUAUGAUGCCAGCGCUGGAGAACAGCAUGAGGUCAUUUCAGGUACAUGAGGUCUAUGGGAGGUUUUCCCUGAGGUCCUGUAUAUUUUUCUAACGUUAACUUUCUUCUUUACACUUCAGGUUGCAUUAAAUUAUUUUUUCUUUUUUACACACUAAACAAGAAAUGUCGCAUGUGUGUAAGAAUGUGACUGUGUUUGUGUUCUUGUAAUGAAACACGUGAAUCAGUUUGAUGAGACAGAUUCCUCAGCUCUACAAAACACUCAUUUGCUUCUAAUAGUGACUCUCUCACUGCUUUCAAAGUGUGACUUGCUAUCAUUCCUACAAUAAUGACUGUAUUUUAAUGAUUGUGUGGAAGUGCGUGUGCAAUGAAGAGAUUCACAUUUCUGAGUAUUUUUUGUAAACUGGUUUGGUGGGCCAUGACUGAUGACUUUGAGAAAUUAAAAACCUUGACAACACAUCUGUGUGUUUCAGUAAAUGUCACUUUCUAAUCUGAAAUAAAGUGUACCACACAAAUUCA